AUGGCAAACUUGCAGAGGCUAGUUCUCUCCCUCGUGGUUGUUCUGGCAGCCUCUUUGUUCCUCUUUGGUCAGACCGCAGAAGCUGCAAAGGGUCCCAAGAUCACUCACAAGGUCUACUUCGAUAUCAAGCAUGGGGAUGAAGACAUGGGUAGAGUCGUGCUCGGUCUCUAUGGUAAAACUGUGCCAAAGACAGUCGAGAACUUCCGGGCUCUGGCAACUGGCGAGAAGGGCUACGGUUAUGAAGGAUCCGCUUUUCACCGAGUAAUUAAGGACUUUAUGAUUCAAGGAGGUGACUUCACAAGAGGAGAUGGUACCGGUGGGAAGUCCAUUUACGGCGACAAGUUCGAAGACGAAAACUUCAAGCUAAAGCACACCAAAACCGGUCUGCUUAGCAUGGCCAACGCUGGAAGGGACACCAACGGCUCGCAGUUCUUCAUUACCACCGCCAUUACCAGCUGGCUUGAUGGUAAACACGUUGUUUUCGGAGAAGUCCUCGAGGGCUACGACAUUGUGGAUAAGAUUCAGAAUGUUCCCAAGAACCCGGGUGAUAAACCAAAGGAGAAGGUUCUCAUCUCAAAGAGUGGCGAGCUGGAGGUGCCCGAAGAAGAAAUCUUCUCUGAUGCACAUCCGGAAUAUUUGGACGACGACAGCGACAUAGUUACCGUUGCAGACCCUAUCCAAGAGAAGCCCGCUCAGGACGAAGCACCACCUGCGACCAGUACCGAGCAGCAACCGUUGACAAGCGUGAAGGACGAUUGGAUUCUCAAGUUAGCUAUCGUCGGUUUCGGUUUCGUCUUCGUCAUGUGGUUGGUGUCGAGAAGACGCAGCAGUGCAUAUGAGGCCUUGAAGCAGGACGAGAAAAGUACAGCAUGA